ACUCAGUGGUUGCAUUUGCGUGGAGGUUUGAGUGUCAGUGUGUGUGUGAGUGUGCCCUCCUGUUCUCACCUCCAGAGUGAACCAUUUUAGUUUCAGAGGUUAUGCAGACAGUGACUCAGCUCUUUCUAAUUGUGCCGGCUUUGCAYAGCGCCGUUUCCUCGAGUCCCCAAUGUGGCACUGCAGUGGACGCUGGACUGGCGUUGUACCCAGUGCAGAGAUGUCCUCGCUGAAUGCAUGCGAGAUCCUUUGGUUGUGAUCCUGACUAACUUGGCACAAAAAUAGCCARGUCUCUGUCCAUGUCCGGAUUUGGGCAGUGCGUUUUGGAGUCUGUUAUAGAGUGUGCAGCUGAGAGGUCUCCUUGGAUGCCAGUUUCUGUUUGAGCGUGAMGUCCAGUGGCCUGCUGUCAUGUCCCUGCCUGAGUUUCUCCGGGAGGGUGGAGAGGCAUCCUGCCGGCUCAUGAACCGUCUUAGUCAUCUGAUCCAGAACYUGGACAUCWCAGGACUGGGUUCUUCUUUCCCAUUCAGCCCUGCCAGUCGCAAGAACUCCUGGAGGGACUGGGAUGAUGAGAUCAUGCAGCUGGACACCAAUCCCCCCCGCGCUGCUGACAUCACGCCUGAUCUCAGAAAGCAGUUUGCCUUCCUUUCAGGCGGUAGAGGAGAUAACGGCAGUCCCAUCAUUGUGUUUCCAGAGUUUCCUGCAUUUGGGGAAAUCACGGACAGAGAGUUUCACAACGUCCUGACCUAUCUAACAAGUGUGCCCAGCUUGUCAUCGACAGACGUAGGUUUCAUCUUGGUCAUCGAUCGCAGGCAGGACCGAUGGGCGGCUGUCAAGGGGACUCUGCUUCGUAUUGCGGGCUCCUUCCCCGGGAACCUCCAGCUGGUCCUGGUUCUGCGGCCCACCACCCUGCUGCAGAGGACGCUCUCAGACAUCCUCUUUAAGUUCAACAAGGAUGAGUUUAAGAUGAAGGUGCCGGUGAUCAUGCUGAGCUCCGUGAGUGAGCUGCACUCCUACAUCGACCGCACCCAGCUGACGCGGGAACUCGGAGGGACGCAGGACUACUGCCACGAGAAGUGGAUCUCGCAUCGAACUGCCAUUGAGGGAUUUGCACUGAUGGUGAAGAGAACAGCGCAGACCCUGCAGUCAUUUGGGACGGAGCUGGCAGAAACCGAACUCCCAAAUGAAAUUAAGACCACAACUGUCCUGCUUAGCACACACACCAGCAAGAGGGACAAAAUGAAGGAGGACAUACUGGUUGCUCUGGACCAAGGCAGCAGGCUGCUGGAGAGCAUCAAUGAACCUGUAAUGAGAGACCCUGACCACAACAUGAACCAGGACGAACUGGAAAACCUUGCAACAGUUCAAAGACUGCUGUCUCAGCUGGACGAGACGGAAAGGGCUUUUGACGAGUUCUGGGUGAGGCAUCAGACCAAACUGGAGCAGUGUUUGCAACUGCGACACUUUGAGCACAACUACAGAGAGGUCAGAGGUCUGCUCGACAACCUGUCGGAGAAGCUGGUGACCUUCUCCGAGGUCGGGAUCAGCCCCGCUCACGCCGACCACAUCUUCUGUGAGCUCACCUCCUUUGAAGAGCGAGUCUGUGGGGUUCUGGACAGAGCCUCGGCACUGUCUCGUGAGGGCGACGAGCUCAUCCAGAAGUCCCACUAUGCCGAGGACUCCAUCCACCCUAAAUGCAGCGAGCUGAGAGCCGUCAGCGAGAGCCUGAGCUGCAGCCUCAGGACCAAGAAGGACUACCUGCUGAAAGCCAUGGAGCUGCACCAUCGGCUGGAGAGGGCAUCCAAAUGGGUCGACGAUGGCAUCUACCUGCUGGCCUCUCAGCCAGUAGACAAGUGCCAGUCCCACGAGGGGGCCGAGCUGGCCUUGCAGGAGUUGGAGCGUUACCUAGACAACGCUGGUCAGAAUCAGCUGACUGACCUCGACGCCAUCUGGAAGGAGUACGAGGAAGUGCUGAACCAGCAGUUCAGGGAGCAAGUGGAGAAAGUUUACCAAAAGCAAACGUCCAUGCAGGAGAUGUUUGACAAGCGGAAGAUCAGCCUCAAGAAGCUGGCAGCCAAACAAACCAGGCCAGUGCAGCCAGUGGCUCCCAGACCAGAAGCCUUCAUCAAAUCACCGCUCAGCUCUCCCGCACACAAAGCACAGCUGGAAAAAAAUUCGGAGUCCAACCUCGGCUGUGAAAAAAAGAACGGCCAGCUGCAGAACGAAGACGGUGGCAGCAGACACGCGUCCCAGUCGGAGGAGGAGGAGAACCUGGCGGUGCUCCGGCGGCACGUAAUGAACGAGCUGCUGGAGACCGAGAGGGCCUAUGUGGAGGAGCUGCUCUGUGUGCUGCAGGGUUAUGCCUCUGAGAUGGACAAUCCAGCCAUGUCUCCCCUCAUCCCUGCGCCUUUGCAGAACAAAAAGGAGGUUCUGUUCGGCAACAUGCCAGAGAUUUACCAUUUUCACAAAAGAACCUUUCUGAGGGAGUUGGAGCUUUACACAGACUGCCCAGAGUUAGUGGGAAGAUGCUUUUUGGAGAGGAUGACUGACCUGCAGAUCUAUGAGAAGUACUGUCACAAUAAACCUCGGUCUGAGAGCCUCUGGAGGCAGUGCUCAGACUGCGCCUUCUUCCAGGAAUGUCAGAAGAAGCUUGAACACAAGCUGGGUUUAGAUUCAUAUCUGCUGAAGCCAGUUCAGAGAAUAACCAAAUAUCAGCUGCUGCUGAAAGAAAUGCUGAAGUACAGUAAGGGCUGCGACGGCGCGGAUGACCUGCAGGAGGCGCUGACCUCCAUCCUGGGCAUCCUCAAGGCCGUCAACGACUCCAUGCACCUCAUCGCCAUCACAGGGUUUGAGGGUAAUAUGAGUGAACUAGGAAAGCUCCUCAUGCAGGGCUCAUUCAGCGUUUGGACUGAGCACAAAAAAGGUCACGCCAAAGUUAAAGACCUGGCUCGUUUCAAGCCCAUGCAGAGACACCUGUUCCUCCACGAGAAGGCUCUGCUCUUCUGCAAGAGGAGGGAGGAGAACGGAGAGGGCUACGAGAAGGCUCCUUCGUACAGCUUCAAACAGUCACUUAGUAUGAAUGCAGUGGGGUUCACUGAGAAUGCAAAGGGRGACAACAAGAAGUUUGAAAUCUGGUCCAGCUCCAGAGAGGAGGUUUAUAUUGUUCAGGCACCAACUGCUGAAGUAAAAACCACAUGGGUGAAUGAGAUCAGGAAGGUUCUCACAACCCAGCUGGAGGCCUGCAGAGAAGCCAGCCAGCAGAGGGCGCCAGACCAAGUGUUUCAGUUUCCCCCGCUGCCAACCGGAACUGUGAGUCUCAGUCCUUUUAAGACGAGUCAGAAGGUUAAAAAGGGAGAGGAGAAGAAGGCUGAGCCGUACAGCCCUGACGUCAUCUCUACUUGUUCACCAAAGCUCACUGUGAAAGACGAGGCAGUGACAAGCCCGACCUCAGACAGAGCUGCUGUGGCUAAAAAGCGUUUUACUUUACAGGGCUUCAGUAACCUCAAAACUCAGAAAGAGCCCACAAGCACUGAUGACAAAUGUUAUACAUUCCCCAUGAUAAUCUGCCCAUCUUCAGGAUCCCCCACCAGCCCAGACCACAACACCAAACGGCAGAGUGAUCCCACGCCAUUUGGCUUCAAAGGUCCUCCUCCCCUCCACCUGACCAGGGCCAGGUGGUUCAGCACCUCUAGUCUCUUACAGACAAAGUGGAGAGGGUGGAAUAAGACCUCCCUGUCUCUGGACGAACACGACGGGUACUCCAGCGCCGAGGAGCCUCUUAACUCUGAUGCAGAAGAGGAAAACCACAAGAAGCUGUGUGCUGGAAAAUACACCGUAAUGGCAGACUACGAGAACGGAGCUGCAGACGAGCUUUUAGUGAAGAGUGGAGACAUUGUGCAGCUGGUGAAGGAGGGGGACGACGGACAGUGGUUUGUGCGCAACCUCAACACGUCUAAGGAGGGCUGGAUGGCCGCUGCUAAUCUUAUGACCCUCAUGGAGAAAUCCAAGUCUUGUCAGUCUCUCAGCAGCUCAGAAGGCAGUGGGAACCUCAGCACAUCCUCCAGCUGCAGCGAGGCCUAAACAAACUCGCCAGACGUCAAACCCUGACCUCCUCUGCACUUCUCCGGUCAAGGAACUGCCCUCCUGAAUGCAAGCGUCACAUGGCUGCGUCUGUGCUGUAAUGCCAACAUCAGUACUCCUGGAUUUUGCACAAAAUGUCGUAUGUUUGUCAUUGUUUUUAAUGAACCCGUACGCCGCGUGGUCUCAUGACGUUGUCGCCGUUACACUUGUUGAGGUGUAAACAUUAGAGAAAAAAACUCCACUGUGUAGUAAAGUGAUCUGGCAGCAGACAUUUUUUCUGAUCAGUUUUAGAUGUAUGAGUGGACCAGCAGGACUGAGAUCUGUUAAUGCAUCUUUUUAUCACAAAAAAACACAAAUAUUUCUUCACGGUCAUCAGCUCUUAACGGACGGUUUUAAAAAAGGGGGGCAAAGAUACAUUCAUGCAGCUUGUUUAGGUUGUGUGUUUCCCUUUUGUCAGCUCAGUAUUUAUUUAAAUGCAACACACCCAUUUGUAUUCAUGAAUUCUAACGUAUUUCCAUCUGUCUGCUGUUUGUCUAUUGUCAGCCUGUCUGUAGAAACCGGUUCAAAUGUCCAAACUUUGUCCGUGGAUUUUCUCCUAAUUGUGAAUUUCAUUAAUGCAACAAAUGUUUCUCAGUGUAAAAACCCAGAGACCACUGUACUAACUUAUUCCCUGUGCAGGGGGUCAUUUUCUGAAUGUAGAUAAUAUGUAAUAAUAACUGUCUGUCAUGAGAUAUUUGUUAAUGAAAAUGCUAUAUUGUACACUAAGUAUGGUGAUGUCACUAACGGGUGACUUGUCUAAUUUUUUUACAUAAACAAAUUGCUACAAACCA